CGGGGCUUCAAGUGGCCGCGGCCAGCGUUUCUCUCUCGGUCUCAUGCCUCCGGGGUUCUAGCGUUAUAGUUUCUCCUGGUGACCGGAUUCCCAGAGCCCGGAUAACCAUUGACCAUUUUGGAAUUCAAAGUAUGUCAUCAUGGCAAAGUUUCGAAAAAGAAAUUGCAUCAUUUUGUCAUUUUUUAUUUUAUUUAUUUUCUGCUUGAUGAUGGGUUUAAAAAUGCUGAGACCAAAUAAAGGUACUUUGGGAGAUCCUUUUGGACUUGACCUCCUUCCAGUUUUCAGUAAACGGACAUCUCAUGUGAAAAAAGUUUUUUAUUCCCAAAAGAGUGACAAAAUCAACAUUGAAACAAAUACUGAGAAUUUAAAAGGCAUUGAAGUUGUGAAAGAUUCUAAAGCCUCUGAACCUUACCUGGAAGAACAGUCACCUCUGAAUUACUAUUUACAUGUGUUUUACUAUAGCUGGUAUGGAAAUCCACAAUAUGAUGGUAAAUAUGUACAUUGGAACCACGCAAUCCUGACGCAUUGGGACUCAAGCAUAGGUGAUAAUUAUCCACAGGGGAAACACAGUCCUCCAGAAGACAUUGGCUCUAAUUUUUACCCUGAAUUGGGAAGUUACAGCUCUCGAGAUCCUUCUGUUAUUGAAACUCACAUGAAACAAAUAUCCUCAGCUUUGAUUGGUGUUUUAGCUCUCUCUUGGUACCCACCUGACACAAGUGAUGAGAAUGGAUUACCUACUGAUAACUUGGUACCAACUAUUUUGGAUAAAGCUCAUAAAUAUAACCUGAAGGUCACUUUUCACAUAGAACCAUAUAAAGAUAGAAAUUAUGAAAACAUGUACAAAAAUGUCAAGUAUAUUAUAGACAAAUAUGGAAAUCAUCCAGCCUUUUAUAGGUACAAGACUAAGACUGGCAAAGCCCUUCCUAUGUUUUAUAUUUAUGAUUCCUAUAUUACCAAACCUGAAGAAUGGGCCCAUCUCUUAACUGCCCAAGGGCGUAGCAGCAUUCGCAAUUCUCCUUAUGAUGGAUUAUUUAUUGCACUUCUAGUAGAACACAAACAUGCACUUGAUAUUCAUCGUGGUGGUUUUGAUGGAAUAUACACAUAUUUUGCCACAAAUGGCUUUACUUAUGGGUCAUCAUAUGGAAAUUGGGAGUCAUUAAAAUUAUUUUGCAAGAAAUUCAACUUACUAUUUAUCCCAAGUGUGGGUCCAGGAUACAUAGAUACAAGCAUCCGUCCAUGGAAUGCUGUUAACACUCGAAAUCGGAUCAAUGGAAUAUAUUAUGAACAUGCUCUCAAGUCUGCACUGAGACACCAGCCCAGCUUAAUUUCUAUCACGUCUUUUAAUGAGUGGCAUGAAGGAACUCAAAUUGAAAAAGCUGUUCCAAGAAGAACCAGUAAAACAGUAUACCUGGAUUAUCGGCCUCAUAAACCAAAUCUAUAUCUAGAACUAACUCGCAAGUGGUCUGAAAAAUACAGUAAGGAAAGAGCUACUUAUGCAUCAGAUCACUAGCUGCCUCUUGGUGUAUUCAUUUAAGCCAAUUCUUAAUGCAUUCAUUAAAAUUUUAUAAUGAUGAAUUAUCACUUCAUAAAUGCCUCUUGUUUUAAGUUAUGGAGAAAGAAAGAUCAGAUCAGUAUGCACUGCUCAUAACAACCCUUCUCAGUGCUGCAGUGAGAGAAGUAUGAACACUGUUCCUGUGGCAUGGCUUGCUGAAUUUCUGACAAAGAACAUUUCUACUUUGAGAGCAGUUUAAUAUGUUUUACUUCACAAACAAAUGCUUGUAUUAUGUUAAGUAGUUAAUACAACAUUAAAUUCUGCUUGUAUUCAAGAUCAAAAGAAGUAGGAUUAUGUGUAUAUUUGGUAUUUCUCUUGAGGAGAAAAGACCAACUUAAAGAUAAAGUACAUGUUUCAUUUACUUUCUGCUGUGAACCAUAUUGUGUUAGGAAAGCUUGUUUUCCCACAGCACAAAAGAAAUCAUUUUUGCAUAUUUUGGUUAUCUUUAGCAUGCAAAAUGUUUUGCAUAUGUAAUAUUUUUGCUUUCUAAUCUUGAAAAUCAGAUUUUAGAAAAUAUGGAAAGUUCUUAUAUAAAAGUUCAUAAGUAUGCCUCAGUGAUUAAGAAAACAAUAGUUUGAAGAUAAUAGUGUACAAAAAUGGUUUUGCAGCAGGUUUUUUUUUUGGUAUAAGACUUAUUUAGAAAGAUGUGAGGGAAGAGAGAGAUGUAUGUGUUUAAGAGAGAACACAGGCUUCUGUGGAGUGGUGAAAAAGGCAAGCAAAGAAACAUUGAGCCAAGCAAGCAAGAUAUGUGUUCAAGGGAGAACAGGGACUUGAAGAGCAAACUUUUUUGCAGCAGUCUUCAACUUGUUAAUGUUUUAAAGGGACCAACCAUAAGUAUUAACUUUUCUCUAUUGGCUAUCAAUUGGAUUCAUUUAUUUCUAAUGUUUAAAGGAUGGUCACCAAAACUGAUAGAGAAAAUUUACUUGUAUUUGAAAUUUAUUUCCAAUAUGUGUUUUAUUUGCUUUUGAGUAUUGUACUUAAUGGCUGAAAUAUUUCAUUAAAAAGAGAAUACUUCAAGGUUGGAGAGAAAGUGCAGCAGGGAGUGCUUGGCCUUCCAACUGGGUCUCAUCCCUGACACUCCAUAUGGUUCUCCAGGCAUCGCCAGGAGUGAUUCCAGGAGUAAGCUCUGAGCAUAGCUGGAGAUAGCCAAAAUAUAAAACUAAAACAAGCAAAAACCAGUAAUACUUCAAAAUAUACUGUAUAUUAUAAUAUUCAGUCAGAAACAAACUUUUAUGGUAGCAAUCAAAUUAAUACUUGUAAUUUCACUUGAUCACUUGACAUCCCAUAACUCAUUGAUUUGCUCAAGCAGGCACCAGUAAUGUCUCCAUUUGUGUAGCCCAAUGGUGUCUGCUUGUUCUAGGAUCACGAAGAGCCUCAAACUGAUCGUUCAGGGUCCUGACGAAAAAGUUUGACCAUCUCAUAGGUGGGUGGCCACGCGGUCUUUUGACGUCCCAUGGAAUCCAGCAGGUAAUGGCUCUAGUCUUGUAAUUUAUACUUGUAAUUAGUUAUGUUGUGAGAAAUUAAUCAUCUAUGUGCUAAAAAUGAAUAUUUAAGUUACAGAAUAAAAUACAGUUUAUUGUGUUUAAUAUUUAUAAUUAGAUUGUCAGCUGAGCACUAAUGUAUAUGUAGCUACUUUAUAUUAUUUAUUAUACAUUUAUUUCAUUCAUGAUAUAAACUAUUCAAAAACAAAUUAGCAGGGGAGUUCAUUAUUAAACAGUUAUUUAAAUCAGAUGAAAUAGUUAUUUUAGAUGGUUUGAAAUAAAAUAUCACUUUUUAAAAGUCAUGAAUAGUGUCAAACAUAUUUAUAAAUUUGAUGUUUCUUAGAGAAUAAUUAGGCCAUAGAUUUUCCACAAUAAUAAUAAUCUACUUUUUAGAAGAAAUUUCUAGAAUCAAUCACAUGAUCAUAUAAUCAGAUAUCUUCAUAGGAAGAUAACCUGUGGAUUUUUUUCUAAUAUUUAGUUAGCCACUGUAUUAUUUUAGGAAUAAACUUUAAAUAUGCUACAGUUAUCUUUUCAUAAGAUAGAUUACAACUUUUUCUUUGUUUAUGUAUUUAAACCGAAGAAAAUCAAUAAUUUCAUGAAAUGAUUAUGAGAUUAAAGGGAAUGUGUAAAACCAAAGUCAGCAGAUCCUCCAUAUGGAUAUACCACUAUCUAAUCUGGUUCUAUUGCAAGAGGUAAUUCAGUUUUCACCAAAGUGAAAAGUGCCCCUCUAAAGGGAGAACUCUGAAGGGCCUAGGUUAAGGGGCACUUUUUGUUUGUUUGUUUACAUUACUGUUUUUCUGAAAAGGGAGCGAUUGGCAACUAUGUUCAGGAACCUCUAAUUAUAAUCUAGGUAACCUGUUAUAGCACUCUUGAAUUCAGUGCUUUGUUCCUAGUAUAUUACCUCAACCAUCUAGUAAUGAUAAGUUUCAAAGUAGUUAAAACAUAUCCACCUUCAUUGCAGAAAGUUAUUGUCAAGGAAAAAUGAUUAGGUUCUGAUCUCAUGGUCUGUUUAUAUUUAUUAUUUUCCUUUUUUUAAAUAAAAUUAUUAGGAAAAUUAUUUCUAAAAAGUUUGUAAUUGUUAGGUACUAAUGCUUUCAGAAUCUUUCUCAGGUAUUCGUUAGAGCUGCCUUUAUCAGUAGACUUGCAAUACAGUCCUAGAUUAUGAUGAUCAUAAAGAAUAAAUAAUUGAUUUUCUCACCUAAAAUAUCGUGGUUUGAAUUGAAUAAUGUAACUAUUUAAAACAGAAGUUAUAUAUGGCAUGAAUCUUAGUGAUUUAUUUUUACAGUUUUAAUCAGUUCCAUUGCUUUAACUAUAUAAACCCAAUCUUUCCCUUUACUCUUCCCCUUAAGGAUUAUAAUUGUUAAAAACUGCUGUUCCUAAUGUUUAUCUUAGUAAUUUAUUAACUUUUAUUUCUCUUUUAGGAAUGUAUAAUUAAAAGAUUACUAUUUUGUUAUAUGGAUUUGUUAACUUUCAUUUAAUAAAAGCAUACAUGAAAUUGUACCUUAAAAUAUAAAAUCUGAAAUAUGAUUUACUUGAUUUCUGAAUAAAAGUUCAUUUAUAUUGCUCA